CGCGAACACACCGCUGGUUCUCGCUGCAUAGACCGAGCCUCAAAGAUCUGUGUGUCUUAUCUAACAUGAGGUAUUUAAUACAGAGAUAGUUUUUUUUUUUUUUUACACAGAAGAGCCUCUGAACGCCGUGCUUCUACGCUGGAAAGCCCUCCCUUUUCACUGCCUGGCGUGUUGUUUCAGCUGGGAGUCUCGCCGUGGAGCGGUUGUCACACAGGCCGCGGUCCGAGUCUUGUUGCUGGGAGGAGACCAUUCAGACUCCCUGCUAGCAUUAUUAGCUAGCUAUGAUGCGUCGCUGCUGCUGGUGUAUUUUCCACACGGCAGGCCACUGUACAGCGAGGCAGGUCCUUGGUUAAUUGUUUUCCCCGACGGAACUGAGGGGUGACUUGGAAAUACACCACACCUUUCAAGGAUGGAUGUUGAUUUUUGUGCUGGCGGGGACAGUACCAGGAGAAAAGUGGAUUUGGCUGGGGUUGCAGAAGGCACAAUGGAUGUUGUACCAUUGGAGAUGUAUGACUCCGCCAGAGCGAAAAUAGCUGCCAACCUGCGGUGGCUCUUUGCCAAAGCCUAUGGCAUUGACCAUAUUCCAGAGGACUUAAGGGACCCAUUCUACACAGACCAGUAUGACCAGGAACACAUAAAGCCACCUGUCAUCCGCCUGCUGCUGUCCUGUGAGCUCUACUGCCGUGUCUGCACCCUCAUCCUCAAGACAGAGCAGGCAGCUUCUCUUCAGUCCCACCUGUCAGUCAUCCAGGCUCUGUCCAGGAAGGGCAUUUAUGUUGUGGAGAGUGACGAUACACCCGUCACAGAGGGAGACCUGGCCUGUGCGCCCAUCAAAAUGAGUGCUCACAUGCCCAUGAUCGAUGCCCUGAUGAUGGCCUACACAGUGGAGAUGAUCAGCAUCGAGAAAGUGGUGGCUUCCGUCAAGCGCUUCUCUACCUUCAGUGCCUCCAAGGAGCUGCCCUUUGACUUGGAGGACGCCAUGGUCUUCUGGAUCAACAAGGUGAACAUGAAGAUGAGGGAGAUUACCGAAAGGGAGCACAAAGUCAAGCACCACCCACUGGAGUCCCCCAGCCACCAGAAGGUGCGAUAUCGCCGGGAGCACGCGUCAGGCCGACAGCUGCCCUUCUUCUCCCUGCUUGAAGACCUGAUGAGGGAUGUUUGUGACGGAGCUGCUCUGCUUACUGUGGUCCACUACUACUGCCCAGACCUCAUGAAGCUUGAGGAUAUUUGCCUGAAGGAAGUACCCUCCAUCGCUGAUAGCCUGUACAACAUCCAGCUGCUCAGAGAGUUUGCCAGCGAGUAUCUGAAUAAAAGUUUCUAUCUGACAACAGAGGACGUGCUCUACUCACCGCUCGUGCUCAAGCACAACGUGAUGGUGUUCAUCGCUGAACUCUUCUGGUGGUUUGAGACUGUCAAGCCAGAAUUUGUCCAGCCCAGAGACCUCCAAGAGUUUAAAGAUCCUCGAGCCAUAGCUCAGCCCAAGAGUGCCCGUCCAUCAGUGCCCAUCUCCAACGCCACCAAGCGCAGCUUCCUGGCCAGCCCUGGCGUGGCUGAUAACCAGAGCAGCCCCGAAGUCUGUAACAGGUACUUCCUGCACCCUGAAGACUCUGACCCCCUUAAAGGGGGUCCAACAUUCAGUCCCUCCCACCCACUUCUGCCGCUGCGACAGAGACAGCAGAAGCAGCAAGGAGAGGAUGGUGCAGGUCUGAGAAACCGUUCAAACUCCCUGACUCAGAUGGACGGACAGCCCAGAGGCUCUGUUGCAGCAUGGCCUGACAAGAGGCAGAGACCAAUGUCCACACUGAGCCCCUACAUGUUGCAUUCAGCCACAGACAGUGACGCCGACAUGGCUUCUGGUGACAGUGUGAGUCUGGCUCGCUCCAUAAGUAAGGACAGCCUGGCGUCCAAUGUCAUCAAUGUUACACCCAAACACCAGACUUCUGUCCACCAGCCCUCACAGGCUGCAAUGCGCAGAGUCAACGGCCACGGCCUGCUGGGCAGUGUCAACGCUGAAGAUCAGGAAGAAACUCUGGUGGCAGUUGCAAGGACUGAUGGUCCCGCCACCCCCAAACGGGUUGAUGGGACACAAGCAGCUGCCGCUAUGGGAUCCAAACCUUCCACUGAGUCCAAACCUGCACCAGAUAGCUUUUACCUUGAACCACUGAUGCCUGCCGUGCUCAAAACGGCUAAAGAGAAGUCUGUAUGCCUAAACAAGGAGGAGGAGAGUGGUGAAGGGCCCCGCUCCUCAGGGAGGGGCUCUUUACGCCGAGGAGAUGGAUCUGCAUCAGCUGUUCGUAGGAAAGCACCCUGCAACCUAAACCAAACCUUUACACCUCCAGGUGAGGAGGCAGACAUUUCAGAGGAGCCCCCACAGGGUCAGGCAGGUCUAAGACCCAUUGUCACUAGCAGUGUGGACCCCUCAUCCAGAGAGCCAGCUGGGGGUUUCUACCUACAUUCUGAUUCCGAAGAACCCAAGUCUGGCCAGGGCCUGGAGACUGAGCUGGAAGACCUGGAUGAGGAGGAAGAGGAUUUGGAUGAAGCGAUUACCACUAAAGACCCAAGCUGGCCCAGGAAAACCUUCAAUGAGGACGAUGAAGAAGAAGAAUCCGCCAAACUCCAAGAAGAUAUGAAUGUGAAAGAGCAUGAGGACAAAGACAUGAACGGCGGCAGUGGUCGUUCCAGCCCCUGUCUCAGCGCUCACUCUCAGGCCAGCAGCAUGGCCAGCGGCAGUGUGCGCAUGACCUCCUUUGCAGAACGCAAAGCCCAGCAGCAGCGUUUUGGCAGCAACCAUGACCUACGCUCCAGUGCCUCUAGCUCCCAAAGGACCACUCCAGAUGGAUCAGAGAGCAGCGGGCCCCUGGCGUCCUCGUGGAGGUUUAAAAGAGACCAGAGCCCCUCCUCACCCUUGGGAGGAUGCACUCGUACAGGCGAUGGUAGCGGUGGUGCUAAUGUCUUAGCUUCUGAACUUGUCCAGCUACGUAUGCAGCUGGAGGAGAAGCGACGUGCCAUUGAGCACCAGAAGAAGAAGAUGGAAGUGCUGUCAGCGAGGCAGAGGCAAAAGCUGGGAAAGGCAGCUUUUCUGCACAUCGUCAAGAAAGGCGGAGGCAAGAGUGACACAUUACCAAACCCACUUAAAGCUGACAUCUCUAAAGACGAGCUCAAUGGGGAAAAAUCAAGUAAAGAUGAUAUGUGUGUUGAUGCCCUGAGGGGGGACAAAGAGGUGGAGGGAACCACCCCGCCAGGUGCCUUAGAAGCAGACAAGAAAGGAAACAAUGGAAGCUUCUAUUUAGAUGAAGAGUUGGACCUGAAUGAGUGCAGCCACUCCAUCGAGCUGCUGAAUGAAGCCAUCGGCAGCAUCCAGCAGCAGAUGAUGCAGCUGUCACUGCAGCAGGAGUUGCUGAUGAAACAGAAUGUACAGUCCCCCCCAGGUGCUGCUCCAGCUCCUCUCACCAGUGACAAAAACUGUGAGUCUAAGGCGGGGGCCAGCUUUCAUUAUGUGGAGCCCCUUUCCGGCACUGGCACUGCCCCCACCAGGAAACCCCCUAAGCUGAGCUCAGGCCGGAGCUCCAGGUCCAAACCGUCAGAGCUCAAAAUAGCCAAGGAGCAAGGCCGACAGGCCUCCAGGAGUGGGUCAGAGACAUUACCGCAUCCAAGGCAGUUAGCUGGGGGCAGGUCCCCCAGGGCCAAUCAGCCUGACAGCCCCAAAAAACCCACAGCAGGAGAGACAAUCGACAGGCCAGGCUCUGGCCACGUGCGGAGUGCCACCUUCCGGCUUCACGACGAGGCAAACAUGCGCCUGCCGGCCCGAGUGGACCUGACGGCAGUGGCUGCCCCAGAAGUGUCCUUCGACGAAUGCCUGUCCAGCACCAUGAGAGAGUCUGAGCUCAAUUCUUCAGACGGUUCAGGGAAAGAGAACAUACCAUCGGAGGAGGUGCAGCGCAGCAAAGCCCACCUGAUUGAGGUUGAUCUGUCGGAUCUGAAAGCUCCUGAGGAAGAGGAGUCUGCUGAGGACAGAACGACAGAAGGAGGUGAUGGAGAGCAGAAGUCAGUCAUGGGCUUCUUCUUCAAGGAUGAGCAGAAGGCCGAGGAUGAGCUCGCUAAGAAAAGAGCGGCGUUCUUGCUGAAGCAGCAGAAGAAAGCUGAGGAGGCUCGUCUCCGUAAACAACAACUCGAAGCCGAAUCUGAGCUGAAACGAGAUGAAGCAAGACGGAAGGCGGAGGAGGAUCGCCUGCGUAAAGAAGAGGAGAAGACGCGGCGGGAGCUGAUAAAGCAGGAGUAUCUGCGGAGGAAGCAGCAGGAGAUGUUUGAGGAGCAAGGCCUUGUGAAGCCCAAAACCCCCAAACCGAAACCUAAACACAGACCGAAGUCUGUCUUCAGAGAGGAAUCCUCCAGCGAAAAUUUCUCCAAGUGCUCUUCCACACCUGACAACCUGAGCAACGCCCAGUCAGGCUCCAGUCUGUCUCUGGCCUCUGCCGCGACCAACGAGGCUGACAGUGUCAACUCUGGAGGAGCUGGCUCUCAGCGCUGCGACUCUGUGGAGUCGUUUCCAGGCAGUCGUAACAACAGUCGAACUGCAGAAAGAGACUGGGACAAUGGCUCCACUGCUUCUUCCAUCACUUCCAUGGCUGAAUAUACUGGUCCCAAACUCUUCAAGGAGCCCAGUGCCAAGUCAAACAAGCCAAUCAUCCAUAAUGCAAUUUCUCACUGCUGCCUGGCAGGCAAAGUCAACGAGCCCCAGAAGAACCAGAUCCUCGAGGAGUUGGAGAAGUGCGAGUCGAACCACCUGAUGAUCCUGUUUCGUGACGGCGGCUGCCAGUUUAGGGCGCUCUACUCGUACUUCCCCGACACUGAGGAGAUACAUAAGCUCACUGGCACCGGACCCAAGAGCAUCAGCAAGAAGAUGAUUGACAAGCUGUACAAGUACAGCUCAGACCGAAAGCAGUUCACCGUCAUUCCCGCCAAGACUGUGUCUGUCAGCGUGGACGCCCUGACCAUCCACAACCACCUGUGGCAGGCCAAGAGAAACUGCAUUGAUGCUCACAGCCAAGCUCAACGCCAUGCUCGGCCCGGAAACCUACUCAGGAGAGGCCACAUCUAUGAACAUGUGGUCAUCUGUAGGUGGACCGAGGCAGAAGCAAGGGAAAAGAAACCAUUUGUUGGCCUCGAGAACAACCGGAAGUGUUGCACAAGCACUUUACUUUCUGUUGGUAAGGGAGUUUUUGAAUGGGCAUGAACGCUAAGAACUAAUUAAUAACACUGCUGUUGUGCGCUCCGAAAAGUGUGAAAACUAAACCAAACAUUAAGAUUUAGUACUGACGCGUAAAGCUGAAGGGCCUCCGCUCAUACGAUACUACUGCUGUCUCCAAAAACAACAGAAUACUUGAUUUGUCAUUUGCUGCAUUUUGGUGUUUUUGGGGCUUUGGGUGGGGGGAUGUGGUAGAUCUUUAAUUGUAUGUGAGUGUAUUUUUAUGUUAACUAAAAGAUUGUAUUGGCAUUUGGUCACCAUUUUUGUUACACUAGUGUACUUUUCAUCCUUGUUGAUUUUAUCUUUGAUCCCAUGCCAUCUAUUUAUUUUAAAAUGGAAGCACUGAAACGGAAUAAAUUUUCAAGUGAA